CAAGCACCAUCGCGUACAAGUUAUGCUUCAUGGAGAUGAAACAGAAAGUCGUGUAGUGAUCCUGUGAAAGUUUUCGUAGAUACCCAAGAUGUUCUCCUUGCAAUCUUGCAAUUGCUUCGACGGUAUUGGUAUUUUCGCAAAACAGGAUAAGAGCAGAAGCCUGGUGCAGCUGCAAACCCCAACGGAAACGCAGCACGGAGUUCUUCCACCAGAAUAUUCAUCCGCGCAACCACCAAGCGGUCUUCAAUCUGCUUUCUCGUCACCGGCUCCCUCAAGAACUAGGACCGUUUCUGAUAGUACAGCCAUGCCCAUGCGAAGUGGAGCACAAGGAAUCGCGGUCAAAAAUGGCCCUUUGCCCUUCCCCGGGAAGGCCACGACGUCCGCUACCAGGGCCGAGGUGUUUGAAAAGUUCUGGGCGACUUGGAGUGAGGAGCGGUGUGACCGGAGUAUUGGAGGUGCUGCUGGAAAUAACCGGAGCAAUUCAAAUUCGAAUUCCGCUCCACCAACUCACCUCCUCCUCGACGACCAGCUCUUUCUCUCCCCAUACGGGCUCGGAACGCACUACUUCGACGACGGUUUGUCUUCGCGAGACAUGGUCUUGCUGUGCCUGCUGCACGGCAUCAAUGUGAUUGACACCGCGCCCAACUACAACGGAGCUGAGUGCGCGAUCGGACAGGCGCUAGCGGAGCUGUUCACAAAAACUAAUAAUGUGCACCGAAGCCUUGCCCCCGGGAGUCAGCAACCAGCGUCAGGGUCAGGCUCAGGGGCGCUGCGUACGAGGGAGUCCAUUGUCCUGAUUUCCAAGGUCGGCAACGUGGUUGGCACAGAAAACAUCGCGAAAUGCAGGCAGCUUGUUUCACAGGCAAAACAAAACUCAUCUUCAUCUACCGAUGGUGGUGAUGGGAAAGAUCAACGCGGUCAACAUUACCAGCCGCCAGGCUCUAUUCUGUCCUACGGUUCGGAGCGGAAAGACGUGUGUCACUGCGUUCACCCAGACUGGAUCGAAGCCGAACUGGAGCGGACCUUGCGCCGAUUGAACUGCGAGACCCUGGAUGUGUUGCUACUGCACAAUCCCGAAACGUGGCUGUAUCUCGCAGGGUUUUAUCACACUGGCGGUCGCGAGGAUGGAAAAACUAGCACUGCUGGUGGUGGUUCCGGUUCUUGUGCAACUCAACAACAAACCGCACGAGACCGCGACGACCUCGAAGAGUACUUCUACCACGCAAUCCUUAAACCCGCUUUUGCGAAGUGCGAGGAACUUGUGAAGGCGAACAAAAUCCAGUACUACGGCGUGUCGGGCGCGUUCUACCCUCUCCGCCCCUCCGAGCCGCAACACUUGGUGCUGGAAAAAGUGCUCGCCGUCGCGGGGCCGAAUUUCAAAGUGCUGCAGUUCCCGUGCAAUUUUGCAGAACCAGAGGCGCUGUUUCAACCGCAGUGCGCCAGGAAUCCGGACGGUAGCAAGCGGAAGACACAAAUUCCAUCAUUACCAACUCAAAAAAAAAUUGAAGGGAAAACUUUGAUUGAGCAGGCCGAGGAAAACAACCUUUUCCUCCUGACGAAUCGCCCCCUGAACGGGAUUUUCAAAGAAGCGCCGGGGGUGUGCCGUUUCGCGUCGGAAACCCCGAUCAACUCUGCUUUGCAACCCGAGGAUGUGGAUAUGCUGGAAUCGAAAUUGAGUAGACACUUGGAAAUCGCGACAAGCACAACUGGUGUUGUUUUGGACACGUCUCCCAGUGUUGCAAACUCAAAUAAAGUGGCGGGCACCAGCCCGGCACCAAGUGACCUAAACCUUGAUGACGACGAAGACGAAGAAGACCCGGCUGUCACGGGGCAACUCGCUGGGAAGAGCUUGCUGAUUCUUGGCGGUCUGCAGAUUGGCACCGUCUUGUGCGGACUGCGGACACCGCACUACUUGGCAAACAUGCUCGAGGUGGUGGUGAACUAUCAGGGGUUUCGGCUGAAAAAGACAAAGGCGAUGUUGCAAGCGGCGGCAAAUAACGACAACCAGAAACACACAAGGUUGGGAGAUGAGUCCUUUUACAAGCAAACUGCAAUAGAAACGGUUCAAGACCUGCACAGGUCGGUCUCGAUGUGGCUCUGUAUGGCGGCCACAAAGGAAGACGAUCGGGUACGAAAUUUGUAAAUACUAAGUGGCUUUGCUUUCCCUUUUGCAUGGAUGUCGAUCACAAAUAAGCAUAAUCUACUUACUCGCCGUGUGCAUGUAUGAACUUGAACAUAACACGACCAUGAUCCGACUCGGGGAAUCCAUCUAAGUUGCAUUGGCAUUGCAUGAUGCUCCCACAUCACCCACAUCACUAGAAGAAUUGAUUCAUCAAGGCAAGAAUGGAGCGAGUUAUCAUGCACACGAUGAGGUGGACAAUUUCAAUUUCCAAUUAUGUAGACGCAAAGCCACACACCACUUCUUUGUUUUUCUAUACCGAGGCACUGCAAAAGAUUGGAGAUUACCUAUGAAAAAUGGGACAGACAAAAG